AUGGCGAUCGGCGUGGUGGAGAAACAAGAGCACCUCAAUCUCGCCUUCAAUCACUUCAAUUACUUCCACAUUCCAUCAGCAUUUGGAGUCAACUUUGAUCUCACUGGUAAUUUACCCAAAGUAAAUUGGAGUAGUAGUAGUUCCCUCAAGAUGUUGAAUCUCGUGUCUUCGAGUUUUUCUGGAGAAUUACCUGAUUCAAUUGGCUAUCUCAAGCCUUUGAAUUCCUUGAAUCUCACCAGUUGCCAAAUUCUCCAGCUCACUCUUUUGGAUCUUUCUGAAAAUAAUCUUGAUGGGAAAAUUCCUAAUUUUAGUGGGCUACACAACCUACAAACACUUCACUUGCACAAUAACUCACUGAAUGGGACACUACCAUCUUGUGAUGUUGUGGAGCUACGAACAUUCACAAAUCUAAAAAAUCUCGAUUAUCUUGAUCUUUCAUACAAUAGUCUUUCAGUGAGCACAAUCAACAAUAUCAAUAAUACCUUGCCUAAGCUUAGGUCAUUCUAUAUGACUUUUUGCAAGAUAAAGGAAUUUCCUGAUUUCUUUAAAGCCUUAGAGAAUGUUGAACAACUAGACGUUUCCAACAACGAAAUUCAUGAGAAGAUUCCAAAAUGGAAUCUUGAGAUUCUUGAUCUUCGUUCCAACUUGAUUCAAGGACAACUCCCAGUUCCACCACUCUCUGGGAACAUCCCCAUGAUGUUUGGAAUGGGUAAUCAGUUGGAAAUUCUUAAUUUGAAUGGAAAUCAGUUUGAAGGACCAGUUACACGAUCCUUAACCAAUUGUAGACAGUUACAAGUUCUAGACCUCGGAAACAACAAGAUAAAUGACACUUUUCCAUACUGGUUGAGGUCACUGCCAGAGUUACGGGUUCUUGUCUUGCGAUCCAACAAAUUUCAUGGUCCAAUAGACAAUUCUAAGCCAAACCUCUCUUUUCCCAAAUUUCGAAUUGUUGACCUCUCCCACAAUAAGUUCACUGGCCAUUUGUCGGGGAGAUAUUUCAAACAUUUCAAAGCUAUGAGGAAUAAGACUAUGCCAAAUGAAAAAUAUUUGAGUUUUGGAUCGUAUUAUCAAGCUUCUAUUGCAGUGACAAUGAAGGGGUCAUAUAUUUCUUUAACGGGAAUUUUUACUCUCUUCAUAACAAUUGAUUUAUCAUCUAACAAAUUCAAUGGAGAUAUUCCAAAUGUCAUCCGAAGGCUUAAUUCUCUCAUAGUGCUUAAUUUAUCUCAUAAUAGCCUUACGGGCUUUAUUCCAUUUUCUUUAGGAGACUUGACAGAGUUUGAAUCACUAGACCUCUCUUCAAACCAGCUCAUUGGGAAAAUUCCUAACCAAUUAAAGAGUUUGACAUUUCUUGAGGUCUUUAACCUUUCAUGCAACCAUCUUGAUGGACCCAUACCCCAAGGCGAACAAUUUGAUACAUUUGUAAAUGAUUCAUAA